UCGCGUUGCAUCAUGGGUAUUGAUAUGUAAAGUUUGUUAUGGGUACAACCAAUAUUAUUUUAUAUUUUCAGACGCAUUGGCUUAUUUGAAAGUUUGAGUGAUCUGUCUUUGUGGAUUGAUUCCAAAUGGAUCGAGGCUCAAGUGAGAUUGUUCUUAUAGCUGGGAAUUCCCAUCCUGAUCUUGCCCAAAAAAUUGCAAGCCUACUUGGGGUCAGAGUUGGCAAUUGUUCUGUGUACCAUUCAUCAAAUAGAGAAACUGUUGUAGACAUAGGUGAAUCUGUUCGUGGAAGAGAUGUAUACAUCAUUCAGACUGGCUCCAAGGAUAUUAACAACAGUAUCAUGGAGUUACUGAUUAUGACAUAUGCAUGCAAGACUUCGAGUGCCCGAAAUAUUGUUGGAGUUAUUCCCUAUCUUCCUUAUAGCAAGCAAAGUAAAAUGAGGAAGAGGGGAUGUAUUGUUUCAAAACUUCUGGCAACCAUGAUGUCUAAAGCAGGUCUAACACAUAUCAUUACCAUGGAUUUACACCAAAAAGAGAUUCAGGGUUUCUUUAAUUUCCCUGUAGACAACUUAAGAGCUUCUCCUUUCCUUCUGCAGUAUAUUCAAGAAAGUAUCCCAGACUACAGAAAUGCUGUUAUUGUUGCUAGAAAUCCGGGCUCGGCUAAGAAGGCUACUUCAUAUGCUGAGAGACUUCGUCUUGGAAUUGCUGUUAUUCAUGGAGAGCAGAAAGAAUCUGAAUCUGAUGAGGUUGAUGGCAGAAAUUCUCCUCCUGUAGUACCUUCUUCUAGAACAAUGGAUGUUGGUCUUGACCUAAUGCCAGGCCAGCCUUGUAAAAAUGACUGUGAUGGCAGCAGAAUGGUUGUUCCUGCAGCAAAGGAAAAACCCCCAAUCAAUGUGGUUGGAGAUGUGGGUGGACGAAUUGCAAUCAUGGUGGAUGACUUGAUUGAUGAUGUAGAAUCAUUUGUGGCAGCAGCUGAAUUGUUGAAAGAGCGUGGGGCUUAUAAAAUUUAUGUACUUGCCACUCAUGGCAUUUUAUCAAGUGAAGCACCUCGGUUGAUUGAAGACUCGGCUAUUGAUGAGGUUGUGGUAACUAACAGUAUUCCUCAUGAAGUACAAAAAAUGCAGUGUCACAAGAUCAAGACAGUGGAUAUCAGCAUUCUUCUUGCCGAAGCCAUUCGAAGAAUUCAUAAUAAGGAGUCUAUGUCCUAUUUGUUCCGUAACGUGACCUUAGAAGAUUAGAACACUUUCAGUAUAUUUUAAAUUUUCAAAAUUUACUCUUAACUGCAUUGGAACAAAACCAAUCAAAAGCUUUUAUCAAAAAGGAACUGGAAAUAUUGAAGACCAUGUAACAUUUGUAUGAUAACAUUAGUUAAUAGUGGUCAAGGUCUAUUUAAAGGUAUGCUAAGAAGUAUCUAUCUUUUAAAAAAAAAUCUAACAAGUAAGGUUUUUUCUUUUAUAUUAUUAAGAAGAUUAUAUACUGAUAUUUCUAUCACUUUGUUAUUACCGUACCUAAGUAAAAGUUUUUCAUUUCACUUUUUUGUCCUAACAUAGAAAAGCUUAUUAAGUAUAAAGGCAUACUUUUGAGUGGAACAAAGAGUUUCAGAAAUAUACAUAUUUUGGAAAGGUCAAACAGUAAAAUAUUAAAGAUAACUGUAUGUAAAACAUGGGCAUUCAUUGCUGUGAACUGAAAUGAAAAUAGAUUUGAUUGAGUGUAAAUGUAUGUUUAAGAACAGUUGUUAAAAUGCUACAGUACUUUAGAUGCCAGUUUGAUUUGAAUGUGAAAUUGAGUAUGUAACAUUGUUAGAAUCUUAAAAAAAUAUCUUAUGAAAGUUUUUCUAAUUUGCUUUAGACUUUAUGCUGUAGGUCUUCAUAGUGGAAUUUUAGCUAUAAAACUAAUAUUCUAUAAUCUAUAUAUUUCUGUUGUAAUGAGAUUUAAAUUAGGCAUUGUUGUUAUUAUUUUCUGUUUAAUAUGAAGUUUUUUAAGGGUACUGAAUAUGUAUUGAAUGAAUGUGCUAACAUGUUAUCCUUUAUGGAUAAAUGUUGUUAAAAGUAGUAAUUCACAUUGAUUUUUUUAUAACUUUGGUGUGUUAGAUCCCAAAACAAUUUUAUAAUAAUCAUAGAAAUUGUACAUAGAAUAUUAAAUACUAUAUUAAGAUCAUUUUGAAUAAUAGUUAAUAACAUAUAUCAAACUAAAAUGUUUCUUAGGUCAUAUAUAUACAUUUUGAAAGUUGUUAAAAAUUCAACAAAUUUUAAAUGAUACUCUACAAACUAGUAAGAAUAGUCACAUUUGAAAUACUUUUUUUAGAAAGCAUACUAUAUGAUUUUAGCCAUAAGGAUUUUAUGCCAUAUCCAAAGAUUUGAGGGAAAAAUUGCUUAGUUUUAAAACUACUGAUGAUUGUUUUUGUUCCAUUAACCUUUUUCACUACAAAGUAAUCUCCCCUGGUUCUAGAUUAUCUAGAAGCCUUGUCAUAACCAUAUAAACUAAACAGAAACAGUUGGUACCACUAUAUUUUUGAAUAAUAUCAAUAAUUGUUUUUCUUUAGUAAAUACAAAGUAUUUUAUAUUAACAAGAGUAGCCUAUAAACUUUCUUAAUGUGUUGUUCUUUUUUCUAGCUUUCUUUUUAUGCUUUUAAUAUAGUUUAUAUAGAAACAAAUAUAAACAGAAAUUGUUAUAAUUUUUGAAGCUUGUGUACUUUUAAGUAUUUUUUAAGAUCCAAAAAGAUGACAAAAAAUCAUACUCGGAUAACCAGUUGCUUUUAAUUUGUAAUCUGUUUGGAGCUUUUAAAUUACUUGUUAAGCUGCCUUACAACAAAAUCUAUUUUUCUCCUUCUGUGGUUUCUUGAUUUAAAUGUACGCUGUUGUAUUGAAAGGAACACUUAGUAAGCCAUUUCUUAUAUUUACUUAAGGCCUUAAUGUUAAAAAUGAUCAUAACUUUUGAAAGAACAAUUCAGAUCACUAACAAACAAUAUGAUUAGUACUGUAUUGUAGAAAUAAUGUCUCAUUUACACUACAAAUUGCCUUGAGUUAUGGGGUAAUAUCGGUAUAUGUUUUUUUGUAUAACAAGUAGCUGCUUUGUUGAUUGUAGGGUAGAAUCCAUUUAAGCUAAGGUUAUGUACUAAAUGAACUUAGCACUAGAUGUAAGUAAAGUACAAAUUGAUUUGGUUGCUUGGUAAAACAAUUUUUCCUAAUUCUAAAGUUGGUAAAAUUGGAAUUUUUAUGUUAGUGAAUAUGUGUGUACUUGAUAGGAAGAAAUAAACUGUUUGCAUUUGUGUAUCUAAGUGUUGUAUUUGUAAUAAAAUGUUUUUUAGCACCCA